AUGGAGAAUAGUAUAUACGAAACUCGAUACGGCAAAUGUAGAUUUUGUUUCAGCAAAGGAAAUCACAGGGAUAUAAUGAAAGAAUACAAUUGGAAUGGAAUACGCGAAGUUUAUUUCGAUAUUUUUCAAGAAUGCUUCAAUUUAUAUUUGUGUACAAAUGGCCGAAGCUCCCUCAUCUGUUGUCAAUGUAUAGAUAAAUUAAGAAAUGCCUGUAGUUUUCGCACAAUGGUUGUUAAUGCGGAACAGCAACUGUUGGACACUCUUGAUGAGAAUCAGCCAUUCUUUAUAAAUUUGAGAGAGCCAUUAAUAGAGGGUGAUGUGAAAAUAGAAAAAGAGUCGGAAGUGAAGAGUGAAGAGAAUGAGUUAAUUGAUAAUGUCGAUGAUGAUUGUGAUGAUGAUAUUUUAGAUAAAUAUGAUGAUACACUAACAUAUUCUACAUCAAACCCAGAUGAUUUAGUAGAAGGUGAAGCAGAACUUCUAGCGCGAUUCGCUCCCGGCAUUUUAGAGCCUUUGCCCACGAGGAAAACUUUAGUAUACAGAUGUAAACAGUUUGUAAAGGAACUGGACCUUUUGAAAGGUAAAAAAGUGACUCCAAGCACAAUAAAAAAUCUAGUAACAAAUCCGACACCACAGAGAAUAACGAAUAAAAUCUACAUGACAGAGAAACUUGCUCACAUUGCGAACGUGUCCACUGUUCUGGAACAUUCUAACUUAACCGCCUUCAAGACUAGAAGACGAUCCGGCUUUCCCUGCUUUUACUGUAGAAGGAUAUACGAAAACUUCGACAUUUUAAGAGACCACCAAUACAAAGACAGAUGCAAAGCAAAUUUGAAGAAGAUGCUCUCAAAAUCGAUCAUGGAAAGACUCGUCGUAUAUGUGCAUAUAACAGAAAUCAAGUGCACAAUUUGCGAUCAAAACCAAGCGAAUUUAAACGAAUUGAAGGCGCAUUUGACGAAAAUCCACAAGAAAAAGCUUCACCCGGAAUACGGAGAUAGAAUAAUACCGUUCAAAUUGACUAAAACGAAUGAAUAUGAAUGCCAGUCUUGCGGUUUUAACUUCGAAACUUUCGGUGCGAUUGAGAGACAUAUGAAUGUCCACUAUAGGAAUUUUGUGUGCGAUCAGUGCGGUGCGGGAUAUGUGACGCAAAGUCGGUUGAAAGUCCAUUUAAAGUAUUCUCAUAUACAGGGUGUUUUUCCGUGUGAAAUUUGCAACAAAGUGUUCAACACUCAGUAUAAACACAAGUGCCAUGUGGACGCAGUGCAUAGAAUGGUGAAGAAAAAUAAGUGUCCGAAGUGUCCAGAACGGUUUACGGAUUAUUUUGACCGACAUCAGCAUAUGGUGGAAGCUCAUGGAGAACAACCUUUAAGAUAUCGGUGUAAUGUAUGUGAUACAGUGUUCAAACGACGCUACGCAUUAUCACUUCACAUGAAACGAAGGCAUCUGGAAGUGAAAGAGAAGGAGUGCAGUCUUUGCAGUUACAAAUGCCACACCAUUGCAGAAUUGAAAGCGCAUAUGGUAAAACAUAAUGGGAAGAGGACGUACGAGUGUAUGGUGUGCAAAAAGUCUUACGCCAGAAAGAAGACUCUAAAAGAACACAUGCGGAUCCAUAAUAACGAUCGACGUUUCGUCUGUGUUGUCUGUGGUCAGGCGUUUGUCCAAAAUUGCAGUCUCAAAGGACAUAUGAAAGCUCACCACUCAGAUUAUAUAAAUGGGUUGCCGAGAAGU